UAUAUGGAAAAGAGACCGUUUUGCGAAAGCAUCGCCUGGCGUGCUUAGGGGGUGAGCCGAGGAGGCCGUUGACAAGGUUGCUGACAAUGCCACUGACACCCUCCGGGCCGUUGAUGGCGGGGCUCUCAAGCAGGUCACCGACAGCAUCGGUCAGGUGGACAACGAGCUUCUUGACACCAUCGACAGUGGUAUCGAGACCGAGGCGCGUAAGGAGCGGGGUGAGAGCAGAGAUCUGGCCAGCGGAAACACCGCAGUCAGCAGGGUUGCCAACACCACCACCGUUGCCCGGUCCACCGUUACCAGGACCGCCGUUGCCAGGACCGCCAUUUCCAGGGCCGCCGCCGUUACCAGGUCCACCACCGUUACCAGGUCCACCACCGUUACCAGGUCCGCCAUUGCCUGGUCCGCCAUUGCCUGGUCCGCCAUUGCCUGGUCCGCCAUUGCCUGGUCCACCGUUGCCUGGUCCGCCAUUGCCUGGUCCGCCAUUGCCUGGUCCACCGUUGCCAGGGCCGCCGCCGUUGCCAGGUCCACCACCGUUACCAGGGCCACCGUUACCAGGGCCGCCGUUGCCCGGUCCACCAUUGCCAGGGCCGCCCGGACCACCAGGGAAACCACCACCCGGACCACCAGGGAAGCCACCACCCGGACCACCAGGGAAACCAUCACCACCAUGAUGGCCAACACCGUCGUCACCGUAGGGCGGCUUAUCGUAGCCGCGAACGACAAGAGGAGUAGCAGCAGUAACAGCCGCAAGAGCAAGAGCAAGGUAGGUUGACGAGACACGCAUUUCCAAUUAUUAAAUUAUCUAGCUAGGUAGGAUAAAGGGAGGAAGGGGACGAGGGAUUAGGAGAUGCGAGAAGAAGGCUGUUUUCAAACUGUGCUUGAAAGGCUGAUAUCGAAUCGUCUGUGAGAGCGAGAUUCCUCAUGCCGUUAUAUACGGCAAAUAUGACCAGAGGCCAUGCGGUUACAGUACUUUCUUUCAACAGCCAGACCAUCCAUACUGCCUGGAAGCGUUCGGUUUGGACCGCAUAGAUAUUUCGCAAAUGAUUGACCGCAGAAGAUAUGUGGCGGAGCCCUCUGCAGUAUGGAAAGCUUUGCGCCGCCUGUCGAUUGUUUAAAAGCCCG